GCCGGUUGAUUUCUCCUAGGACCUGUUUUAACGCAGAACGGUCCGUCACCGUAAUCCUUCCGUCUCAAAAUGGCGGAGUAUGCAAACCUCGUCCGAAGGGCUUUGGGACAAUUGCGAGGUCAUGGUGGAGUCCGAGGAUUAUUGGUUCAGUUCUUCAGGGUGAAUGAUGUGAAGGUAGGAAACCUGAUCGGCGUGGAUAAAUAUGGAAAUAGAUACUAUGAGGACAAGAAACACUUCUUCUUUGCACGUCACCGCUGGGUGGUCUACACCACGGAGAUGAACGGAAAGAACACCAUGUGGGAGGUGGACGGCAGCAUGGUCCCAGCUGAAUGGCACCGCUGGCUGCACUGUAUGACAGACGACCCCCCCACCACACACCCACCAGAGCCCAAGAAGUUCUUGGCUGAGAUCCACCAGAUCAACGUGAGUGGCAGCCCGCAGCAGUACGUGCCGUGCACCACCACCCGCAAGAAGAUCCACGAGUGGGUUCCACCCAAAGCCGGAGCUCAGUGAGCUCUGACUGCAUAUUUGUACAUUAUGGUUUCCUGCCGCUGUAUCCACCAUGUCCAGAAUAAAAUCUCUAUCCUGACAUUCA